AUGUCCCUGCAAAGAAUAUUCAGCGCUCAAAAAAGUUUAAGCCGGUUACCAACACGUUUGAGUGUUCAACGUUAUGCCAGUACAGCACGUCGUAACACUCGACCUGCACAACCGCCUCGCCCUUUCCGUAUCCCACCUUUACCUGUAGCACUCAUCAGUGUCAGUUUUAUCUGUCUCGGCGUCGGCCUCUAUGAAUACCUCAAUUCCGACAUUCAAAAGUUUCCCGUACCCAUUCGUCAAGCGCUGAGAAAGGCGCUUUAUUACGAGCAAAACAAGGACGCCAUGCUCGCCUUGAAAUAUUUUAACGAAGCACUGACCUUAGCGCUAGCAUCGCCCGAGUUAGAAAAGAAUGGAGCCCCCUUGACAGGCAUCAUGAUUCAGUUAGGUGCACUACAGGAACGUUUAGGCCGUUUACCAGAAGCGCGCAACACCUUGACAUUGGCCAUUCGUCAUUUACUGGGCCUCGAGCAAAGUUUAGCCGAAGUCACCUCUGUCGAUCUAUCACAGUUAUCCCCCGCCGAACAAAAGAAAGCGGUGGGUAUUGCGCAAAAGUUGGGUGAUAUCACUUGUGCCAUGAAGAAGGAUGAGGAGGCGGAAAAGUGGUAUGUGUGGUCUGUGGAACACUUGCUCAAAUCAAGUUCAAAGGCCAAAUCGGAAUAUGGAGAUAACUCGGAUUUAAUCUUUGAUGAGGAACAUAUGCCCUCUUGGUUGACAAGUACGGAUAUUGGAGCUGCCAUGGAAGCAUUGGGUGCUUUUUACUCUUCUAGAAAUAAGCCAGAUUUGGCCAUUCACCUGUAUUUGAGAGCCUUGACUUUAAACGGAAUGAAAUCAUGUCAAUCUGCUGUCUUGAUGAAUAAUUUGGCCGAGUCUUAUUCAGGGUUAGGAAAAUAUGAAGAGGCAAAGAUUUGGGGUCAACGCGGAUUGGAUUUAGCUCAAAAUCCCAAUACCCGUAAGCAAAAUAAGGAUGGAGAACUCUGUGAUGAAACCUGUGGUGUCUUGUUAUUUAAUAUGGGCAUGCUGUUUGAGCAAACAAAGGAUAAAGAAAAGGCAAGUCAAUUCUAUGCUAGUGCACGUCAACAUGGACGUGAUUUCAAACAUGCCAGUUGUAUUAAAGAAGCGGACCGUGCAUUGAAAAGAUUAGAAUUUGAAAAAAUACGAGACGAAUAA